AUGGCUGAGACGGCUGGGGAAAUCUCCGGUUCUCUGCCUGCAGCCGUGGAAUCGGGCACGGAGUUGAGCGCGGGACAAAUUGUGAGUCAUGAGGGAAAGGAGUACAUGGCAGUUAAGGAGGGUUUGGCGUAUAUACUGAUACCGCGAUCCCAAGAACAAAGUCAAGAAUGGGAUGGGAUGGCGCAAAAGGGAACGGGAUUGGGCGAGGAGAAUAUAACGGCUCCUCAGGAAGAUGAGGAGUUGCAACGGCCCAAGAAACAACAGGGAAAGCAGCAGCAACAGCAGCAAAACAAACAGCAGCAAGAGACACAGUCUGUCUUUUACAACCCAAUUCAGCAAUUCAACCGCGAUUUGAGCGUGUUGGCGAUCCGGGCCUACGGAGAGCAUGCGCUAGUGGUGAAGAGGGAGAAGAUGGAAAAGGCGGCUCUAAGUAAGAGAGCGUCAAAAGUGAAGAAGAGGAAGAGAGUAGUUGCGGAUGUUGGGGGGAGGGAAGCUGAGGGGCAGAAUAGAGGGGAUGGGGAUGGGGAUGAGGAGGGCAAUUCUCUUGGGAAAUGUGUUCGGGCGGAGCAACAGGAUACAGCAACAGGUACAACUACAACCACGGUUACAGAGCAGAAUAAGAUACCGCCCUUCUCCAUCCUCGACGCUCUCUCUGCAACCGGUCUCCGCGCUCUCCGCUACGCAAAAGAAAUCCCCUUCGCAACACGCAUAGUCGCCAACGACCUCUCCCCCGAUGCCGUUAGGUCCAUGAAGCUGAAUAUACAAUACAACGGCGUCGGAAAUGUUGUCAUGCCAAACAUCGAUGAUGCCUGUGCAUACAUGUAUAGCAUGCUCCGCGCACGGCCUCAGAAGGAUGGCAGCCAUUUUGGAAAAUUUGACGUUGUCGAUCUUGAUCCCUACGGCACCGCGGCGCCCUUUUUGGACGCUGCCGUUCAGGCCAUCUGUGAUGGGGGACUGUUGUGUGUUACAUGCACGGAUGCAAGCGUGUUCGCCUCCAACGGCUAUCCAGAGAAAACCUAUGCGUUGUACGGCGGAUUGCCCUUCAAAGGCCCGCAGUCACAUGAAGCUGGCCUACGACUCAUCUUGCACGCAAUUGCUAGUUCAGCCGCCAAAUACGGCCUAUCCAUCGAACCUCUUCUCUCUCUCUCUAUUGAUUUCUACGCAAGGGUUUUCGUACGUCUCCACCGCUCACCGGCGCAGGUAAAGUUCACCGCUGGAAAAUCGAUGAUAGUGUAUAACUGCGACAACGGCUGCGGGGCAUGGAAAACGCAGGCUCUCGCUGUGAAUAAACAUAAGAUUGAUCGGAAUGGAAACCCUUUCUAUCACUAUGGAUUUGCGCAGGGACCAAGUACGACACCCACAUGUGAACACUGUGGGUUUAAAACUCAUCUUGCUGGACCCAUGUGGGCGGGCCCGCUCCAUAAUAAUGUCUUCAUCCAACGAAUUUUAGAUUUGUUGGCGGGUGCCGAUAGCGAGAUCUAUCCCACAGUGGGGCGAAUUGAAGGGAUGCUCUCGACUGCGUUGGAGGAGGAUUUGGAUAUGGGAGGCGGGCCCUCCUGCGAGAAUACUCCCGCACCUGAGUCUGCUGCUGCAACUGAAACUGUUACGAACGGCAAGGAAAAAGACACCCCAUCCUUCAUAAUCCCCCGUACUGACCCAGCCAAACUCGAUCCGCACCCUUUCUUCUUCAUGCCCAGUUACGUUUGCAAAGUCGUGCAUACACAAACAAUCUCCGAAGACUGUCUGCGCGGCGCCCUGCAUCACCUAGGCUAUAGAUCUAGUCGCAGCCAUACCAAAGCCGGCUCUGUGCGAACGGAUGCUCCAUGGAGUGUCAUUUGGGAGAUUGUACGUGAGUGGGUGAGGCAGAAGUGCCCCGUUAAGGAGGGGAAAAUUCGAGAGGGGACAGCGGGGAUGGGGAUUAUGGGGCGGAAGAGGGAUACUGAGAAUGAAAACGAGAGGAUGGAUGAUGAGGCAGGGGCGAAGCUGAGAAGCCUGAAGCGGGACGUACUAGCGGCGCUGGAGGGAUCCACGGAGAUCUCGGACUUGGUCCUGCGUAUUGAGGCUGCUUUGUAUCGUGUUGGUUCUGGAUCAAGAGGUGUUGGUGAAAAAAGCAAAUACGGGUCUGAGGGGGGUGCCUCUCCUCCGAAGGGUGAAAAUUGCGACGGGGGAAUUAAACAACGGCAGCGAUCUGUUUCACCCAUGAGAGCAGGAUCUAGACGGUCGCGCUCUCCGUCCCUUUUAGAACCGGAUCCAAACACAUUGACUAUUGUGUUUGACGAGGCUCUUGGGAAGACUGUGUUGGCAGCGCAUCGGAAGAAGAGGUUGACAAGGUAUCAAAUGAAUCCAAGAGCGAAUUGGGGUCCGAUGAAUAGGGCGUCGCGGGGUGGGAAGUGA